AUGUCCUUGACUACUCCCACGGAACACAAAUGGAUCCUUGGUGACAAGUUCGACCAAGUAUACCCUCAUCUCGAAAGCAUCCAAGCUUUGUGGGAGAAGAAGUGGGCUUUCCCUUGCUCAAAGUCCCUUUAUCCCUUUCACGAUGGCAAGUUCGAAGACUUCGAACCUGUCUUCAAGUCUCUGAUCUCGAAGAAUAUCAACUCGGGCUACACUGACGAAUACACUCGCGAAUUCGUCCCCACCGCCGAACGUCUCAUCCACGAGGCAGACAAACUCGUGCCUUCCGACAAGGACGCUGCUUCAGCCCUCUACCUCCGUGCCUGCACCGUCUACCGCAUCGCUCGCUUCCCCUACAUCAACUCGGACUACAAACGCGAAAUCUACGAAGCACAAAAGAAGGCAUACAUCAAGGCUGCCAGCCUUUGGGCCUGCCCCAUUGAAGAUGUUACUAUCCCUCACACAGCAGCGACCUCGUCCGACGCCGAUUCUGUACCUCUCUACGUUCGUCUACCAAAAGACGCCUCCAAGUCCAAGCCUUGUCCUACUGUUCUGCUCAUGUGCGGGCUCGAUGGACACAGACCAGACAACACUACCCGCAGCGAUGAGUUCCUUGCUCGAGGCUGGGCCUCGAUCAUCGUCGAUAUUCCUGGCACCGCAGACUGCCCUGCCGACAGAAAGGACCCAGAAGCCGCUGAGAGACUAUGGACAAGCAUCCUGGACUGGUUAGCAGGAGAAGGUGUCUAUGACAUGAAGCGUAUCAUCACUUGGGGCUUGAGUGCCGGUGGCUACAAUGCGGUUCGUGCAGCACACACCCACUCCGACAGACUCGCAGGCGCCAUCGGCCAAGGUGCAGGAACCCACCACUUCUUCUCCCGCGAAUGGCUCGAAAAGGCACAGAACAAGGAAUACCCCUGGAACGCUCUACCUGCUCUGACAGAAAAGUUUGGCUACAAGGACCAUGAUGACUUUAUGGAUAACGCUCAGGAUACUUGGUCUUUGGUAAAAACCGGUGUUGUAAACAUGAAGAGUUGUCGUUUGUUGCUCAUCAAUGGAACUAUCGAUGGUUUGAUGCCUAUCGAGGACUCUAUGCUUUUGAGCGAGUUUGGCUCGCCCAAGGAGAUGAGACUUAUCAGUCAACGCUUGCAUAUGGGUUAUCCUGAGGCCAAUAGUUAUGUCUACCCCUGGAUGGAGCAGGUUAUGGCAUCUGUCCAUUAG